UCAAAAGGCUGGAAGUUCGGCAAGAAGAGAGAACUUCUCCCGGAUUUUUUUUGGUGAUAAAAAUUAUUUAUUUAGGAUUUUUAGUGAGAUUUACUAAAAUAUUUUGCAUAAAAUUUGUGGAAAAAGUGCCAGAAGAUGAGCCAACUACCGAGAUUAUCACGGGCAAUGAGAGUAUCCACUAGUCUGGAUGUAAAUAGAAAUAAUUUCCAAGAUUCAUCCACUUCAUCCUCCCUUGGAAGGAUCGUUGGGCAGGAAUUAGAAAUUACCUACAAGGAUGUCACAAAGCACCUCCAGGCGUCGGGAGAUGCAAAAUCCGUUUCACAUCUGCAGAAUUUGUGGCGAAAAACGAAGGAACUUCUCGGGCCGGAAGAACCUCCGGAAGUCGUCAAUGAUGCCACCAUGUACAUCCUGAAGCUGCUCUUUGGGGAGACAAAAACAUCAGUGAUGCAUGUGAAUGAGAUGAGGAGGAUUUUUGGAGUCCUUUCCCAUCAAUCCGCUCAAAGUUUAUUUGAGUUGGUGAAAGACUUGAGGGCUUCCCUGAAGGCAGAGAGUAAGAGCUUCCUUGAGGAUGCCCUCGCAGAUAAGCAGGAGAAGCUGUGGGGCUCCCAAAUUACCUGCCAACUGCCCCAAUUGGAGCAAAUUGAUGAGACGAAUCUCAAGGAAUUGUCCCCAAAUGCUGCAGCUCCCUGCCUAGCUGUUCAUGAGUUCUCCAUGAACUAUGAUCAGUACGCUCCCAGUACGUCCACAGCUGUGAAUGGAACAGCUUCCACGGAGAAGAAAUUCACGAGGAAUUGGCUGGCCAAUCAUGUUCCCUUUGACCUCGUGGAGUCCCUCGUGAACAUGCUGAAGAGUCAAAAGUCCAGCGAUGAGCUUCAGAAUGAACUCUUUGACAUGCUGGGCUUUGACAAGUUCGAAGCAAUCCAGGAAAUCCUCCAGAAUCGUCAAGUUAUCGUGAAAGUCAUCGAGAGUGGGGACAAAAGGCUUCAGCUGAAGGAGAAAGCUCUUCAGCAGAAAGUUAACCGGCCACAGGUUGGCAUUCAGGUGACAAUUCAGUCAGAAAAUGAGAAGCAAAUGAUGAAGCAACUCCGGAAGGAUGAGCAGAAGCUGAAGAAGCUCGUUGCAAAGGCCGACAAUGAUGAGCUAAACAUUCCAGAUGAGAUUGAUCCAGUGAAAUUGAGACUUCUGAGCCAACAGGCUCUGAUGCAGGAAGCAAAAUUCAAUCCCCUCCUCCACGAUCGGCCAAAGGUGAAGUUCUCAGCAAAACCCACCAUCCCACGCUACCCAAAUGUCUACGAUUCCCAGUUGGAGGCCAAGAGUCAUGUAGGCUUCGUAACAGGAGGGAAACUAAUCCUCCCAGAUAAUGUUGAACGGAAGGAUUCGAAGAUGUUUGAAGAAGUCAGGAUUCCAGCUGGUGAUCCUCCCCCACUAUCCGUUGGGAAUACGCGCGUAAAAGUCGCCGAACUCGAUGAGAUCGGACAGAUCGCCUUCCAAGGAACCAAGGAGCUAAAUCGAAUUCAGAGCGUUGUCUACCCCGUUGCCUAUCACAGUAAUGACAACUUGCUCGUUUGUGCUCCAACAGGAGCAGGAAAGACAAACGUAGCAAUGCUGGCGAUUGUUCACGCAAUCAGGAAUCACACAGCUGAAGGAAUCAUUGACAGGAGUUCCUUCAAAAUCGUCUACGUAGCCCCAAUGAAGGCGCUCGCAGCUGAAAUGACGGAGAACUUCGGGAAGAGGCUCAAACCCCUCGGAAUUUCCGUAAGAGAAUUAACAGGAGACAUGCAGCUAACAAAAGCCGAAAUGGCUGCAACGCAGAUGAUUGUCACAACGCCUGAAAAGUGGGACGUUGUUACGAGGAAAGGAGCAGGAGAUGUGGCAAUGAUUAGCCUUGUUAAACUCCUGAUUAUUGAUGAAGUUCAUCUGUUGCACGGAGAACGUGGUCCAGUUGUUGAAGCUCUCGUUGCACGAACGCUUCGUCUGGUUGAGUCUUCACAGUCUAUGAUCCGUAUUGUUGGCUUGUCUGCAACACUUCCAAACUACAUUGAUGUAGCUCGAUUCCUCCGUGUUAAUCCAAUGAUUGGGCUUUUCUUCUUCGAUUCACGCUUCAGGCCCAUCCCCCUGAGUCAAGUCUUCAUUGGCGUCAAGGCCAUUAAACCGUUGCAACAGCUAUCAGACAUGGAUCAAAUCUGCUACGAUAAAUGCGUUGAGAUGCUGAAGAAAGGGCAUCAGGUGAUGGUUUUUGUACACGCACGGAAUGCCACAGUACGAACGGCUGUUGUUCUCAGAGAAAUGGCCCAGCAGAAGCAACAGUUAGGAGUCUUUACGCCUGAUGAGAGUCCCGAGUUUGGAGUUGCAAAGCGAACAAUUGCCAAAAGUCGCAACAAGCAGCUUGUUGAGCUCUUCCACAACGGCCUAGCGAUGCAUCAUGCAGGAAUGCUGCGAACUGAUCGAUCCUUGGUUGAGAAGUACUUUGCUGAAGGCCACAUCAGGGUACUGGUUUGUACAGCAACACUCGCUUGGGGUGUUAACCUGCCUGCUCAUGCAGUUAUCAUCAAAGGAACGGAAAUCUAUGACUCUAAGCAUGGAACCUUUAUUGAUUUGGGAAUUCUCGAUGUUCUGCAGAUUUUUGGAAGAGCAGGAAGGCCACAGUUUGACAAGAGCGGCGUUGGGAUGAUCAUUACAAGUCAUGAUAAACUGAACCACUAUCUAUCUCUUCUGACUAAUCAAUUCCCCAUUGAAUCUAACUUUAUUCAGUGCCUGGCAGACAAUCUGAAUGCCGAAAUAACUCUCGGAACGAUUUCAAAUGUAGACGAGGCAAUAGAAUGGCUCAGCUAUACGUACCUGUUUGUCAGGAUGCGCAUCAAUCCGCAGGUUUACGGAAUGAACUACACGGAUGUUCAGGCUGAUUUUACGUUGGAGCGCAAACGAAGGGAACUCAUUCAUGCCGCAGCAAUGGCGCUCGAUAAAGCCCGGAUGAUUCGGUACAAUACCCGCACAAAUGAUCUGAACAUAACAGAUCUAGGCAGGACUGCUAGUCACUUCUACAUAAAGUACGACACAGUUGAAGUCUUCAAUGAAAUGAUGCGGCAGACAAUGACAGAAGCGGAGAUUAUUGAAAUGAUGUCUCAUGCUCAGGAGUUCCAGCAAUUGAAGGUGCGCGACGACGAAAUGGAUGAACUGGACAACCUAACUCAUGAAUACUGCGAAGUAGUCGUGAAGGGAGGAAGUGAGAAUCUCCACGAGAAGGUUAACAUCCUCAUGCAGACUUUCCUUUCACGUGGUUUUGUUAAAUCCUUCUCCCUCAUCUCCGACAUGUCGUACAUUACGCAGAAUGCCGUUCGCAUAGCCAGAGCCUUGUUCACAAUUGUUCUCCGUCAAAACAAUCCAAUCCUCGCUGGACGUCUUCUCAUGAUGAGCAUAAUGUUUGAGCGGCAAAUGUGGGACUUUGAGACGCCGCUCCGACAAUUCUACAUCAUUCCGCAGGAUGUAAUUGAGAAGAUUGAGAGCCGCGGGCUGUCCAUCUAUGCUCUGCGUGAGAUGGAGAGCAAGGAGAUCGGAGAUAUGCUACGGAAUCACAAAUACGGUGCAAUGGUACGCAGAUGUGCAGAAGAAUUCCCAAUUUUGGAAGUUGAUGCCACACUGCAGCCAAUCACGAGGACUGUUUUACGGAUCCGAAUCUUCCUAACGGGCUGCUUCAAGUGGAAUGAUCGUGUUCAUGGGAAAUUUGCUGAAUCCUUCUGGGUUUGGAUUGAGGAUCCCGAAAGUAACUUCAUCUACCACUCAGAACUGUUCCAGUUGACAAAGAAGCAGGCUAUAUCGAAGGAACCGCAAGAGCUGGUGAUGACGAUCCCAUUGAAAGAUCCCCUUCCGCCGCAGUACUACAUCCGUGUUACGAGUGAUACAUGGCUGGGAAGUCAUCUCACCCACCCGCUCUCCUUCCAGCAUUUAAUCCUUCCGGAAAUUCAUCCACCGCACACAGAACUUCUCCCACUGCAACCACUGCCAGUUUCAGUCCUGAAGAAUCCAAAGUAUGAAGCUCUUUACGCUUUUAGUCACUUCAAUCCGAUUCAGACACAAAUCUUCCACUGCCUCUACCAUACGGACAAUAAUGUCCUGCUGGGUGCUCCAACAGGAUCAGGAAAGACAAUUGCAGCGGAAAUUGCAAUCUUUAGAGUUUUUGAGAAGCAUCCUGGAUCCAAAGUAGUCUACAUUGCUCCGCUCAAGGCGCUCGUUAGGGAGAGAAUUGAAGACUGGAAGGUGAGACUUGAGGCGAAGCUUGGGAAGAGAGUAGUCGAGCUAACAGGCGAUGUAACGCCUGAUAUUCGAGCCAUUCGAGAUGUUCAGAUUAUCGUAACGACGCCUGAAAAAUGGGACGGUAUUAGUAGAUCGUGGCAAACAAGAGACUACGUCAAGGAUGUAGCAUUGAUUGUUAUUGAUGAAAUUCAUCUUCUGGGUGAAGAUCGAGGUCCUGUCCUUGAAGUUAUCGUCUCCCGUACGAACUUUAUCUCAAAUCACACGGAAAAGAAUCUUCGGAUUAUUGGCUUGUCCACAGCUCUGGCAAAUGCAAAAGAUCUGGCAAAUUGGUUGGGAAUUCAGCAGAUGGGUCUGUACAAUUUCAAACCUUCCGUACGACCUGUUCCACUAACAGUUCACAUCAGUGGCUACCCUGGGAAACACUACUGCCCACGCAUGGCAACGAUGAAUCGUCCAACUUAUCAAGCCAUCAGGCAGUACUCACCCUGCACGCCUGCUCUGGUCUUUGUCUCCUCGCGAAGGCAAACGCGGUUAACGGCGCUUGAUUUGAUAGCCUUUCUUGCAUCCGAAGACAAUCCGAAACAAUUCCUGCACACAUCAGAGGAGGAAAUGGAGCAAAUCCUAAUGAACAUUCACGAUCCAAACUUGAAGUUGACACUUGCAUUUGGUAUUGGACUGCAUCAUGCGGGACUUCAGGAGAAAGAUCGAAAAACUUGCGAAGAACUCUUCUUGAAUAGGAAGAUUCAAGUUCUCGUUGCAACGGCCACCCUGGCAUGGGGUGUCAAUCUUCCGGCGCAUUUGGUGGUGAUCAAAGGGACGGAGUAUUACGAUGGGAAACAGAAGCGGUACGUUGAUAUGCCCAUUACGGAUGUACUGCAAAUGAUGGGAAGAGCAGGAAGGCCUCAGUUUGGAAAUGAAGGCAUAGCCGUUGUUCUUGUGCAUGAUAUCAAGAAGAACUUCUACAAGAAAUUCCUCUACGAUCCAUUCCCCGUUGAGUCGAGUCUUCACGGCGUUAUUCCUGAUCAUGUGAAUGCAGAAAUUGUUGCUGGAACAGUUCAGACGAAGCAGAGCAUCCUUGACUACUUGACGUGGACGUACUUCUUCAGGAGGCUUCUCCGGAAUCCAACUUACUACAAUUUGGAUUCAAUUGAACCUGAGGAUGUUAAUAGAUACCUGACGAAUAUGGUGGAGAAUGUUCUGACUACGUUGGAGUUGGCCGGUUGCGUUGAGUGGAAUGACGAUGAUCGGUACGUCUAUCCAACAUCGCUCGGGAGGAUUUCCUCCUUCUACUAUCUCUCGCAUAAGACAAUGAGGCAUUUUGCUGAUAGCCUUGGACCAGAGCUUGGGUAUGAAGAACUCCUGAGGAUUAUGUGUGACUCCUUUGAGUUUGAUCAGCAACCGGUACGACACAAUGAAGACAAGUACAACGAAGAGUUGGCAACUGUUUGCAGGCUACCUGUUCCAGCUUCAACGUGCGAUUCACCCUACACGAAGACUUUCCUGCUCAUGCAGGCUCAUUUUGGGAGACUCCCACUACCCAAUGCAGACUAUCAUACGGAUACAAAGUCAGUUCUUGAUCAGGUGAUAAGGAUACUGCAGGCAAUGGUGGAUGUUUGUGCGGAGAAAGGAUGGCUCGCUUCGACGCUUCGUGUUCAGCAGCUGAUGCAGUGCGUCAUUCAAGCGAGAUGGUUCGAUGAUUCCCCACUUACUUGCCUCCCUCACGUCGAGGAGCAUCAUCUGCCGCUCUUCCAGAAGAUCAAAACUGAUGCUCCAGAAAUUAUUCUACCCGUUCUUCGAGAACGCUUCGUUCGGAGUUUUGAACUUGUUGCAUCGCCGCUCAGGGAUGGAUUCCUGGAAAGGGAAAUUGAGGACAUUCAUCGUGUGCUGAAGGAACUCCCAUUAAUGAGUGUGAGACUGACAAUUCAGGGACCACAUUUAGAUGAUCCACGAGCAGAUAGGGAGGUUAAACAGCCUCAGACAAGGCAGACGUGGUUGGAAGUUCAUGCAGGGGAGGAGUACACGCUAACUGCGAACUUCCAUCGAAUGGGCGUGAAGCAGGGAAGCAGUGUGUACUGCCCGAAAUUCCCCAAAGGCAAGGAUGAAGGAUGGUUCCUGACGCUGGGAUGUCAGAAGGAUUGUGAACUGAUUGCUCUCAAGAGAGCCGGCUUCAGGGGUUCCCGUUCAACGCAGUACCUCGUCUUUGAUGCUCCACCGCAGCCAGGAAGGAUCAUCUACACCUUCUACCUCCUGUCAGACUGCCUUAUGGGCCUUGAUCAGCAAUUUGACAUCCAACUGGAAGUUCUUCCUGCCACAAGUGGGAAACAACAAGAGGACCAAGCUUUUGCUGAAAACUACGAAAGAUAUCUCAAGGAGAAGCUUUGAAAAUGAACUUUAUUCGUACUAAAUCCUAAUUUAAGGUCCUUCAAUGGACUAGAGACAUUUUUUUUGCAAUUCAACUAGAGAUCCUCCUGAAAUUGGUCAGGAUAUGUGAAAGAAUUCAAUUCAUUUGAAAUAAAAAAAAAGGUGAUUUCUGGUA